AUGGAGCUACGGUGUGGUGGUCAUCUUCAUUUCAUCCAGGCUAUUAAAGGCGGUGUAGUUACCAAAGUCCCUAAUGUUGCUCAUGGACGACCAAAACUUUUGUUUAAGGACGUCAAGGAUAUAUAUGAUGGCUUCGUGUUUCAUAAUAAUGAGGUAAAGGCUGAAAGGUCAUGCUUUGAAGUAAUUGAGGAAAGAACUGUGAAAAUUGAACCUGAUGUUUCAGCAUGUGAUGCCAACGAUGGUGGUGAUCAGAGAAUCAAUAACUUGGAUGGUGAUAGUUUUGACGAUUAUACCCUUAAGCAAAUUAAAGAAUGUUGCCAAACAAGGAAGAGAAAACAUGCACAAGGUCUCAACUCAUCCAAAAGAAAAUUUAAAAUUGAAGAUUCAUCAUCCCUGGAGGACUGUAGAAAAGAACAAAUGGCGGCUGAUGAUUCUGAUUUCAUGGAAACUCUCAGUAGCUGGAAAUCUAAACUAUCGAAGAAUAUGAAGGCAAAGAAGAAAAAGUGCAUGAAAGACCCAAUCUCUACUAGUACUGAAGAGAUUAUGCUAGUUGUCAAAUCUGAAGAGACCCAAAACGGUCAAGAGUUUCCAACCUCAAGUGAAGAGAUUCUAAACGGUCAAGAGAUCCCAUCCUAUAGUGAACAGAUCCAAAACAGUCAUGUGAUCCCAUCCUCUGGUGGACAUUCAACUGCACUGGUUGAAGUGAAAUCUGAGGUUCCUGAACCUGAUUGUUUUGGUAGGCCAUAUGACUAUUCUGUCAUAAAAGGCAAAGAAGAGGCAGGGAUAACCUAUAAAUGGAAUUUGGAGAAUGAAUUAAAUUAUGAGCGGCAAAGGUGUGUGGAUCUUAUUCCACUACGAAUCGUGAGGCCUUCUAGCAUGGAAAUUGUGAUAAGUAAUUCUCAACUAAGCGGUGACCAGAAUUCAAACUUUCCUGCAAUAGAAUUUGAAAGUGAAGAAAGUACCAUCCAUUCAGAUCACUAUUUCAUCUCCCCACAAGUAAUCUCUUUGGUUGAAGAUUGUAACUCUGAUAUUGAUGACAAUCAACUUGAUGGUGACAUUGACGCCCCGGUCUCACUACCUAAUGUGACUACACAUAAAAACCUUGACUACAUAGAUCUAGACUGUAGAGAUGAUAAUACUAUCCUUGAUGACUGCCGAAAAGAUGAAUUUACUACUGGUGCUGAGGAUCAGGUAAAACUUAGCUCUACUAUCGAACAUGGCUCCAAUCCUGACGAAUGCUUGGUUUGUCACUCAAAUUAUUCACCUGAAUAUGAGAAACACUCAUUUGCUUCCGUAAAUGAUGAUGAUGAAAAGAAACAUCUACGUGAGACUAAUGAUGAAUUGACUUUGGAUGAACAAGAUGGUAGUUCAAAGUUGCAUCGUCCCGAAAGACUAUUGUCAACCAGAAAGGCAAUUUCUCCAUCGUCCCAGGAAAGACUCUGCAAAGCCAUGGAUUCCGUUGAUUUGAAUCAUAGAAACUAUUCCAAAUGCAGGGGAAAACUUUACUUUACUGAGCAGACUACUAAGAAGAACGGUAAAGCUGAAGAGCUUGAUGAUACUGCGAGAGCUCAAUUUACAGAUAACCGUAACAAAAUUAGUGUUAAUCCUAGAACUUUCAAAAGAGUUUCCCAUCCUAAAGGCCUUUCCAAGAUUCACUCUUCUCGCCUAGCAACCCGCCAAGGGUGCAGCACUGUACAGAGUUGCUCAAAGAGUGCGAUUGCAUUUACACAGCAGCAGAUGCAUGAUGUAGAAUGUCUUGCUGUGAAACUCACAAAGGAAUUGAAAUCAAUGAAGGACAUCGUGGAUGAUAUGUUACGAUCUGAGUUCUGUCUAAAUACGUCUUUAAGGCAUAAAGUAAAUGAGGCUAGAAUGGCUGUUAAGAAUGCCACAAGAGCUGAGGAAGCUGCCAAACGAUGCCUGUCCUUCAUGGCAAGGGAUUGCAGCCGUUUCUGUAAGAUAAUGAAAUUAGCUGAUGAUGUUCCACCUCCUCAAGAUGUAGUGCGUAAAGAGAGGAAAAAAAAUUGCAUUUGCUGA